CUUAGAGGGUUGCCUAGAGAUUUUUGUAAAUUGGACAGCUUGAGGCACUUGGGAAUCUCUGGGAGUGAUUUGAGUGAUUUGCCGGCAGGAAUUGGGAAAAUGACAUCUCUGAAAGUGUUAGAUUCAUUUAUAGUUGGGGAAAACUAUGGUAUAGAUUCACUACCUUCCUUGAAUUUUACUGGAUAUCUAAAUAUUAAAUUUAACAAGUGGCGAAUUGAUGCUGUUGUGGGAGCACAAAGGGCAAAUUUGAAAGACUAUCAACAAUUGACAAGUCUUAAUUUAAUGUUUUUAUUCAUGGAUGUAACUCCUGAUUUAGGUGAAAUGGAUAGAAUGUUAACGUUCUUGCAGCUGCCUCCAAAUCUUAAAAUUAUCGAAGUAUUAGGUUACCAAGGAGUUGAGAUGCCACGUACAUGGUUUGAUGGGCUUUCUAAGCUUGUUUCCAUUGUUAUUCUGUCCUGCAGUAAGUGCACAGCUCUCCCUCACUUGAGUAAGUUGCCUCAUCUCAAAGUACUUUGUCUUAACGCAAUUGAAGGCUUGGAGUAUGUAGAAGAUGAAAACGACAAUUUGGCGGAUGGUGGAAAAUGUGGUUCUGGAGCCCACAAUGUCUACUUCCCAUCCUUGGAGUUCUUGCAAUUAUGGAGUUUAUGGUCUCUAAAGGGGUGGACAAGACCAUCAAAGGAUGAUGGUGGUGAACCAAGGCAGUUAAUGUUUCCUCGUCUUUUGAAAUUGAAAGUAGGUAACUCCCCCAAGUUGAUUUCAAUGCCUCUAGCACCAAAGCUGGAGUCAUUAGAAGCUGUAGCUAUCAAUUGGAGAGUGUUUGAAUCCAAUUUAACGUUAGUUGAUGAUGAGGAAGCAGCUUCACCACCAUCAUCAAGGCAGUUGUUGUUUCCUUGUCUUAUGCAACUGACAUCACAUUUCUGCCCCAACUUCAUGUCAAUAGAGGCUCAAAGAAUCAUUUCCACGUCAAUUGAUGAUGAGGAACCAGCUUCUUCAUCGUCAACAACUCUUUUCACCUCAUUAAAGGAGUUGGAUAUUUCUUUGAUUGAAGAUGGACCAGCUUCUCUGUCAAUCAGUAGUAGGUUCUCUAAUCUACAGAGUAUAAAAAUUCGCCGAUGCGACGAACUGACGAGUUUGAUGAUAGAAUCUUCAAAUUCCAUUCGAGAUUUCAAAAUUCAAGGGUGCAAAAGGAUGAAAAACAUUUCAGUGGGAAAACACUCCGUCCUUGACACACUGGAAAUCUGGGGCGAUGAUUUUAUCGUGGGUGAUGAUUUUGAAGAAGAGAUCUUUCAAAGCAUUGCUUGCCUAACCACGCUUCAGAAACUUCGAAUUCAAAAUUACGAUAAGUUGACACAACUCCCGGAUGAGAUGGGCAACCUCUCCUUGCUUUGUGAGCUAUGGAUUAUUAAUUGUCCGAAAAUGGCAUCACUUCCACAAUCAUUACUAGGCCUUACCUCCUUACAGAAGCUUUACAUAUUGGGCUGUCCAGAUCUGAAAAAGAGAUAUGAGAAGCCCAAUGGCCAAGAUUGCCACCUUCUCCAACAUAUUCCCGAUGUUUAUUUUAGUGGCUAAUUGAGAUAACCAAAUCAAGGCUGCUUUUUUGGUCUGAUGAAUUACCACAGUACAAUUGGUGAAUGCUGUGACAAUGGUUCCAUGACAGACAAUUUCAUUCUGCUCUCUUCCCAUAUGCUGAUUACAAUAAGUUUCUACUUGUAAAAUAGUCUCAAUACUCUCAAAUAAGAGGAAAUAUAGUCAAUGCUCUCUUCACUCAGGAAUGCUGUAGCCUGUAGGUACUGAAGUGAAGAUGGUGACUUUAAGUUCUCUUUAGAGAUGUCAGGCUAUGUGCAUCAUUGAUGCAUGCAAUGGAAAAUACACAAAGCUCGAAACAAGUGAAAUGAAAUUGAGGCCCCUGGUGACUUUUUUUGCGCUAUAAAGUUUAAAAUUUUUUGCACCCCCAUUUUGAAAUAUCUAGAUCCGCCACUGGUGGUAGCCUAUUGAGAGAACCAAAUCAGGCUCAUUUAUUAAUCUGAUGAAUUACCAAAGUACAAUUGGUGAAUGCUGUGACAAUAGCUCCAUGACAGACAACUCAUUCUGCUCUCUUCCCAUAUGCUGAUUAUUACAACAAGUUUCUAUUGUAAAAUAGUCUCAAUGCUAUCAAAUCAGAGGAAAAGUAAUCCAUAAUAUCUUCACUCAGUGCAGGAAUGCUGUAGCCUGUAGCUAGGUACUGAAGUGAAGAUGGUGACUUUAAAUGCUCUUUAGAGAUGUCAGGCUAUGUGCAUCAUUGAUGCAUGCAACGGCAAAUACACCAAGCUCGAAACAAGUGAAAUGAAAUUGAGGCCCCUGUUUGUUACUGGCCUGAUGAGCAAAUGAUUGGUGGAACUUUUCAACCCUUCCUAGAAGGUGGGGAAAGCUUACACAGUGAUGCUAAUCACAGGCUAGUGUUGGGGUUGUCAUGGUGUAUGUGGUCAGUUUGUUCGAGCCACAUGUAGCUUCAAUUCAGACGAUAUAUGUGGUCGUGUCAAAUUUGCUCUGUAUAAUCUAUUAUAUGAACCAAAGCCAGUAUGUCAAAGUGUUUAAUCCAAUCACACUUUGCUGUAUGUACAAACAUAAGUCAAGUGACUAGCUUCUGAUUUUAGUGACAUGACUUCAUAUAUUAAUAUUUGCAUGGGUUUUGGAUGUGUGGAUUUUUAAACUUUUGAUAUUGAAUCAGUUGUUAUAAGUGUGUAUAAUCCAUAGAGCAAUAAACUAUUUCUCUCUAAAGAACUGGCUUGGCGAUU